GUCCGAACGGGGUCAUAUCGUUGCCCGUAUCCAGACGAAGAAGCAUAAUAAGGUAGCCUUGUCACUGAGCUGUCAAUUCCAUAGUUCAAAAUAUUUCCAUCUUCUUAUUUUUACUUUUUUUGCUUCCUUUGCUUCUUCUUGGCCGAUACCAAAAGUAGUAAUCGUCAAGGUCUUUUUCUGUUGAAAAUCUAUAAAGACCAAGAAAGCCCACAGCUCGUCACCAAAAACUUGCACAACAACCGCAUGGAAAAAGUAUGACAACCUUCUCUCUGGUGGCGCUUCCUAUAGUCGUCCUACUUUUUGUCGUGCGAUAUCACAAAGAGAUUCGGAAUUGGAUAUCGACAACUACGAAGGACUACGGCUUCUUCAAGAAAUAUGGAGGUUCCCAUAGCCCCUCCGACGUCAAGGGCAUGGCACCAUACCCAGCGCAGCCUAUUAAAGGCAGAGAGCGAUACCGAGUCAUGAUGGACAUUCGGAAACUGGAUGUUCAAAAUUGGCUUACGCUCGACAAAAACUACAUGGAGGAGCAUUCCGUGCGAGACGAUCUACUGCGGGAGAAGCGGGACAAAGUUUUACAGUGCUUGCCCGAGUCAGCGCAAGCCUGUCAGGAGGCACUGGAAGAAGUCUCUGAGUUUCUCUGCGAACGAUAUCCCAACAUGUUUCAAAAAUUGGUGCAAGGCGACCGAACGUCAAUUCAAAACUGCAUGACAGGAGAGCGAUUCGAUAUCGGUGGCUCGGGCUCUGGCGGUGAAGGUAUUGACGCGCUUGAGGCGGCUGUCCGACUUACUAUGGAGGAUCUCAGCAUUUUGAUGAUGAACGAAGAUGGCGAGUACUAUCUCGCCGCCAGCGCGAGUCUUUUCCCUACAGGAUGGACGGUCGAAGAGCGUAUCGGAUGGACGAUCUCCCGUUUGCACGAACCCGUCCCUUUAUGGCAUCAGCACGUUGCCAAUUCUGUGAGCAAGUUUUUGGCGCGGCUGACGCCAACGUCCCCAAUGGAGCGGUCAAACUACUUUGUUGAAAUCAAACGGCCCGACGAGAAUCUGAUCGAGAUCUUGUACCGACCCAAAGGAUUGUGCGAGAAAGAUCUAUCCGUUCCUUCUCCCGAGGAGAUUAUUAUCCGCCGCGAGAGACAAACUUUCCGCCGUCUACCAAAAACGGGAACUAUUCUCUUCGGCGUCAAGACCUACCUGACUAGACUUGAUCAACUGCCAAUGAACGAGCUGGAAAAUCUGGCAACGGAAAUGCGAAGCUGGCCUGAUUACGUGGGCGAGUAUAAAGGCAAAAGCGUUUGGGGUGCCAAAGUGCUGGAGUUCUACAAAAGCCGAGUCGGCCAGAUGAAUGAGAAGGUCGAGGUAUGAUUUGUUGAAUUGUUGACGCGAUGACGAACUAUGUUGCUUUUUCUUGCCUUUUUCUUCUUCCACCUGGACUGUCUAUUUUUUUUGUUCUUUCUGCGAUGCAUACUCCUUGGACUAUUUUCUUUUUCCUUUUCGCUUCUUCCCUUCAUGCGAAACAAUAUGGGCUGGCUGUCUGAAUACUUUUUCUUGCUUCCUUUCAAAAGCUGUUGAUCGCUUUGAGUGUUCUUUGACAUGAUUCAACCUGUGCGAAACCCAGCGAUCUUUUUUUUUUCGACAGAUGUCGAACUGCAUCACAUAGAGAUUGAAAUGAAAGUUUUGAAGAGUUA